AGUUCAGGAUGGUGUUGAUGAUGAGGGUACAGAUGUGAAAUAUUUUGUGUUGGACGUUUGUGAGGAUACCCAGUUGUUGUGCUUGCUGUCCGAAGGGUACUGUGUGGAUCCUGGGAAGGAUCGGAGUGCAAAUCGGUUGUGUUUAGCACACGUUUUUUAUUGUUGCCACCGAGUUUGUACAGUUUUCGGCCCUCUCCAAAACCGACUGGGAAAGUUAACAUAUUCUGCCCAGUGGGUGGCUCUUUCCACUUGAACAAGUUUUCGGGAGUGGAGAACAUUUUACCGGGCUAAGGAAACGUCUGGAAUGGUUGUCAGGGAUUGACGUUGAUGUGUUACGCAGGGAAGAGAAAUUUCGUGGAAAGUUUGCGGCAGGGCCUAGUUGUACUACUAUCGAGGACGGAGUGAAAAUGGAUGAUAUUUUCUCACAAGUUCGGGAAGGAAAUGCUUUCCAUGUUAGAGUUUGGCUGGAUAAUACAGAGAAUGAUUUAAACCAAGGAGAUGACCAUAGGUUCAGUCUGUUACACUGGGCAGCUUUGGAGGGGCGUACAAACAUUGUAGACAUGCUGAUCCAGAGGGGGGCGAGGAUCAACGCCACAAACAUGGGGGAUGACACCGCCCUUCAUCUGGCUGCUAGCCAUGGACAUAGGGAUAUUGUUCUCAUGCUACUUCACAAUAAGGCCAACAUCAAUGCAAUCAAUGAGCAUGGGAACACUCCUCUCCACUACGCCUGUUUCUGGCAGCAGGACCACAUUGCUGAGGAUCUUGUUAACAGUGGAGCCAUCGUUGCCAUUGCCAACAAAUAUAAUGAAUCUCCCAUGGAUAAAGCCAAGCCGUAUCUGUCGAAAAUGUUAAAAGAGAGAGCUGCAGCAUUAGGUCAAGAUUUGAACAAAAUCCCUUACAAAGACAGAAGCUGGCUGGGCUACAAGACCAGGAGUCGGGACGCUACUCUGUCUCGCCAUGCAGGCAUUGACAUUCAACAGUUGAACCUUAUAUCUCGCAUUGCCAGCACACACUCUGGUGAUGUGUGGCGAGCUACCUGGCAGGGCAAUGACAUUGUGGCUAAAAUACUCAGUCUGCGUGAAUGCACAAUCCGUACCUCCAGGGACUUCCAGGAAGAGUUCCCGCGUCUCAGAAUCUUCAACCAUCCUAACAUCCUGCCGGUACUGGCAUGUGCUAACCAGCCCCCUAACCUGGUGAUCCUCUCUCAGUUCAUGCCGUUUGGAUCACUCUUCAAUGUCCUUCAUGGAGAGACAGGUAUUGUGGUGGACCAGAACCAGGCCUUAAGGUUUGCAUUGGACAUCGCCCGGGGGAUGGAGUUCCUACACUCCCUGGAACCUAUGAUUCCGAAUUUCCACCUCACAAGUAAACAUGUCAUGAUUGACGAAGACCUGGCUAAAAUUAACAUUGAUGACCCUAAGUACACGGCCAAAGAUGCUCCAAUCAAUGCGAUUGAUGAAGAUCUGACUGCUCGUAUCAACAUGGCUGACUACCAGUUCACUUUCCAUGAGAAGGGUAAACUCUACUCCCCUGCUUGGCUGGCUCCAGAAGCACUGUCAAGGAAUCCUGCAGACAUCAACCAGCGUGCUGCGGACAUGUGGAGCUAUGCCAUCCUGCUGUGGGAGCUAGAGACUAGGGAGGUUCCAUUUGCUGAGCUCUCGCCCAUGGAGAUUGGCAUGAAGGUGGCUCUGGAAGGCUUGCGCUUGACUGUACCUCCAGGGAUCUCCUCUCACAUGUCGCGCCUCCUGAAGAUCUGCAUGAAUGUGGAACCGGGGAAACGGCCACGCUUUGACAUGAUCAUCCCAAUACUGGAGAAGAUGAAGACAUCAGGCUAAGCUAUGAUGAUCUCAGCAGAUACAGAAAGACAUCAGGCUAAGCUGUGAUUAUCUCAGUAAAUACAGGAAGACAUCAGGCUAAGCAACUCUCUACAAUUAUCUCAGCAGAUGACAAGACGUCAUGGCAGAAAGAUGUGAUCUUCAUUUGAGACUAUUUUGAACGUUUUCACAUACAAAUUCAAAAUUGUGGAUGAUAGUUGAAAACUUGUGAGUUAGUGUCAAAAGUGUAAAGUACACAACAUAGCAAAUAUAUGGAUCACAGCUUCUAUUUAUUCAUUGAGCAACGUUUCAGUAUAGGUAGUAAUGCCGUUAUCAAGCAGUAUUACCUGUUCUGCAACGUCAUUCACUGAACAACAGUUGUGAUCCAUGUAUCUGUUAUGUUAUCCAACUCAACUUCUAAAUGCCUUUAAAAGAAGCGUAAAGUACACAUUUUAGCGUUUGAAGAAGAAAAGCAGAAUAUUGUCAUGGAGAAUUUCCAGGUACUUGUACGUGAAUUGAGCUGUUGGGACAUGGUACAGGAGAUGUACACACUAUACCACAAAAAAUAUUCAUGGCAGACAUAUUUUAAUAAGGAAAAAAAAAUUUACUCGUUUUUGGAAUUCGGAGAACUGUUUUCAGAAUGUUACAUGUUGAUGCUGUAUAUUGUUGGUUUGAACUCAUUUUUGUAACAUACCAGUUUGAAUACAAGAUUUGCAAGUGGCUGUUAAACACCAAGUUGUACUUGUCAGAUGCUUAAGGAUGCUGAUGUUAGCAACGGGCAUUUCAUUUGUUACUAAAAGUUACUUGUACAUGCCUCUACUUCAUAGUAAUGUCAGUCAGGCAGGCACUGGGUAACAACAUUGCAUUUAUGCCAGUGCAUAUUGAUUGAUUUAAAUGUUAAAGGUGAAAAGAAAGUAAUUUUGAAGAAAAAUUUAAAGUUGUCCAAACUGAAACUUACGUCCAGGGACAUGACAAAAGGUGGAUGAGAGGACCUGCAUCUCAUUCUAGCAUGGACUUUGGUGAAAACGUUGUGUAUAUUUGUCAUGUCAACAGUUCCGGAGGAUGUAGAUACAAUUGGUUCUUUGGAAGGCUACUGUUGUGUUCUGGUGAAUUUGGCGUCUUCCCCAGAAUCACUCUAUCAUGCUGUUAGUUACCAUGGUUACGUGACGGCACAGUUGUUGUGAAAUCCACGGGAAUCAUAGUGCCUUUUUACAUCCAAUUAUUUUUUUCAAUUUUAAUCAGGUUCCCAGUUUUAUGUCCUAAAGUUGUGACAGACAAUUGAUGCAAAAUGUCAAAUAAUUUUGAAAGUGUUUUACUGUCUCUUACUGAAGUCUGCAGGUUAUACGCUUAACAGCCCAGAUGUUGGGUUGUUGCAAAACAUUUUAUUUUCUAUUGUCUCAGAAUGCUGGUUGGUGAUUUGUCACCAGUAAAGCAGUACACUCAAAAUGGCUUUUGAUCUGCCUGAAAAAUACAGCAGUAUUUUGAUUGGGUUGUUGAUGCGACAGUGCGGUGUAAUUGACAGCAGUCAAGACUGCCUUGUGUUGUCUAGGAAGCAGUAGAUACCAAUCUUUGAUUGUUGAUAUAUAAACCAUGCAUUUGUCUAGCUUAUAUGUAUUGAUCACUCAUUAUUUAUCACUGCCAUGGUAUGAGUUUAGCUUUAGUGUAUUGAUUAAAGUGAUCAUGUUAUAGAUUUGAAUGAAGUUUUUGCACCAAAUUUCUGGUAUUUGGUUUAGUAUCCCUGCACUCAUCUGUCAAAAAUGUCAAGUGUAUUUAGGGGUGUUCUUUCCAAAGUGUACUCUGUAUAAAGUUUGGUUCCCAUGCUGGAAUAGCUGUGGUGUGUGUUUGUCUGGAACAACUUGGCCGUCCACAUGUACAGGUAAUCUGUAUCUGGCGCACUGCAUUUGUCUCAUAAAACCAUAGCUUUAGAAAUACAUCAGCACAUUUUCUUGGUUUAGCAUUUGUGUGAUGUAACGGUACCUAUGUGUCUGGGCAGGCUUGCCAGGGGUAGAGCCGAUAAUGUCUACAUCUACAUGUGACAAUUAUCUGGUGUAUUUCGGCUAUCAGUGCUACUUAUCGACAUACACUAACUCUCUCUCCAUAAAUAAAGUACUACAUAGCUGAUCAUAUGUGGUACAUGAGCUUUAUCAAGUAUUACGCAGUACUGACUGUUGGGGGGCAGGGGGAUUUUAGUCCUUCCACCACCUUGACUUCGGGAGAACUGUGUUUACAGGAGACAACAGGAAGGGUUGGGGAGGCCAUGGAUUCCUGGUGCUCUACAUGUAAGUACAUGUACAACAACCACUCCUAAUUGCCAGCCAAAGGCUUAUCUAUGGGUGUAACGUAGCAACUCAGUACUACCAUUUGAUUUUCUGCAGCAGCUGUAUGUUUUCAAUGGUGCUGUCUAAAUCUGAACAAAGAACAUUACUUAAAAUUUUGUUUCUCCAAGUCAAGUUUUUUCUAUUUCUGCAUGAAUGUUUUGAUUUUGCAUUUUGUUUGCUUUCAGUUCACUUAUCCUCAAGCAUGUCAAGUCCAUUUAAUGUAUUAUGUCACAAGCAUAAUUAUCUCCCCUUAAUGCUGAUAUAGAUAUUUAGUUUAUAAUACCAAUGUAUGGUUUUAAUUUAUCUCAUUACUUGUACUAAGUACUGGUACAUUAGGUAAAAUGUUAUUCUUUUUUAAAUAAAAUAUUGAUAU